AUCAAAGAAGGAGAGAACACAUUUUUUUUCUGGUUGUUGUUAUGUUUGUGUGGGACAAUAACAAAAAUAUCAAUACAACAACUCAUCACAUUAACAAUAUACUCGUCGUCAUACACAUGUACGAAUGUAUGUCGAAAAAAUAAAACAAAAUAAAGUGAAGAAAAAUAAAAAAUCGGCCAACGCCGUACACACAGAAUGAAUUGAACAUUUUUUUCCAAACAACGACGAUAAUCAUUACAAAAGGCGUCGUUGUUGCAAAAACAACGUUUUCACCGUCGUACUCUCUCCUAUUUAACAAAGAAAAUUAUAGUAGGGGAAUAUUUUAAUUUUUGUUUUAUAAUUUUUUUUUGCUACUACAAAGUGUUUAUUUGUUUAGAAAAAAAAAUUACACAAAGAAAACAGUUUCAUUUUUAAAAUUUUGCCUAAAAAAAUUGUGUAUUGUGAAGAGAAAAUAUUUAUUUAAAAUUUUAUUUUGUGAAAAAAACGUGUUUUCAAAUGAUUAUAAAUCAAGUGAAAAAAUAUCUAAAAAAAAUUAUUGAUUGUUAAAAAUACAUAUUUCUACUUAUGUGUAUAAGACAAGUAUAUUUUAAAGCAAAAUAAUAAAAAAAAACAUGUGGUUUUGAAAUACAGCUAAUAAAAUCUAGAAAAAAAUAAUAAAUAAUGUCGCCAGACAAUCCUACACAAAUAUUGACGACUCAUGAUUUGAGCCAAUUACGUACCUUACAACAAACUGUGACAACAGCUACCGUAGUGGCAGCUGCCUCAAAUGGUCUAAGACAUCUUACGGCUGGAACACAACAGCAACAUCCACAUCAACAUCAUCACCAGCAACACCAACACCAACAACAUUUGACAAAUACUUUAAACAUAACAUCUUCAGCACCAGCAACAGCAGCCACAAUAUCGUCUCAUACUACGAACGCAAAUAAUUUUAAUAAUCUUUUGGCAGCCGCCACAAAGGCAACAUUUUUAAAUUCGUCUACAGCAACACCAGCGUCUUUUAAUGCAACAACCAUGCCAGCCACUUCUAAAUAUGUGCUAUUACAACAAAACCGUAAUGGUCAGUUUACAGCAUACGAUGGGACCACAACAUCCAUUACAACUAGCAACGGCAAUAGCAACAACAAUGGUGCAUCUCAGACAACGGGCAAUAUUGUACUGCUGGCAACAGAGCCUUUAGAUGCCACCACAACUAACAAUGAUCAUCACCAUUCUCCACACCAGCACCAACACCACCAGCAGCAGCAGCAUCAUCACCAGCAACAGCAUGUCAUUACGACAUCAACUACAAAUAACAAUGACGAGGAGUUACGUUCUCUGACCUGGCUGAAUAAUUCCAAUUUGAUUAAAGAAAUCGUAACGACAACAACUCCCACCACAAACAACAGCGGCACCAGUAAUAGUAGCCACCAAAAUAACAACAGCACCACCCCUCAGAAACGUCCACUAUUAAAUAAUACCAAUAUUUGCAUUGUCAAUGCUGCAAAUGCACACGAUUUAAUUGAGGAGUUACCUCAUCAUGUAGCCGGCGAAGAGCAAGUCAUCUCGACGAAUGUAACAGGUGGCUGCACCACUGAAUUACCGGCUGAAACUCAAAUAACCACUUUAAGUGCCAGUGAUUUUCAACAGCAAUUUAAACGUUUUAAUGCCGUCGAUUUGAAGGAUACGAAAAUCUAUGGUAACAUUGCGGCCUUGGGUGGUGCUACGACCACGGUACAUGUGGGUCCCAGCGGUACCACAACUGUGGUAGAAUAUAAGGCGGGCACGAAUUUUAUGCCCACACGACAACUUUUAACUAACUCGAAUGGUGGGGGCGCUCACAUUACCACCGCCACCAAUUUAAGCAAUAGUCAUUCUAAUCACAACAACAACAAUUCUUCCUUUGUGCCUUCUUCAUCAUCAUGUGGUUCUACAUCAGGUGGCAAUAAUGCUACUACAACGACGGUAGUUGUAGCUACCAAUCACAGUGGGUCCAAACAGUUGACGCUGCCCAGUACUACUUCAAUCGUUACCAAUGGCAAUAGUGUUGUUAAUGGCAGCAACAUAGCAACGUCGAUUACAACAAGCAGCAGCAGUAACAAUGUUACUACUAACACAAUUUAUCAAGGUCAUAAAAUACAGUCACAGCAGCAAAGUAGCAUUGUUGUUAAUUCUACACCCGUUUCAAGUAGUGGCAGUAGCAGCAGCAGCACCACCCAUCAUCCUCAUAAAAAAUACUUAAGAGAGAAAAUGAAUGUUUUGGAUCAAGGUGGUGGUGGCGCUAUUGGUGGUGGCUCUACCACUUUAUCGUUGAAUAACUACAAUAACAAUUCAACUACAUCUGCCUUGUCAACGUCAACUUCUCAAAUUGCUUCGUCAAUUGCUAUGGCCACAGCUGUGGGAUCCACCAUUACUGUAGUGUCUUCACCUGCCUCAUCAAACACUUCACUCUCCUCCUCUCUAUCGACGGCAGCUAUUAAUGGUGGCAAUAGUCCACCUUUAAGUAAGACAUCUUACUUUACUCUAAGUGGUUCUUCGACGCCUAUAGCUCUAAAUUAUAGCAGCUCGAACUCAUCAACCACAGCUCCUUUUAUAGCGGUUUCGUCAACUAACUCCUCAUCAUCAGCUGCUUCGCCCACAACACUGACAACAAGUGGCAUACCGCCUGGUUAUACCUUAGUUAGUCAUCCAGCUUUGCCACUCGUUACGAAUUCCCCCGCAGCUACACACCAACACCAGCAACAUCAUCAUCAAGUAGUGGUUUCUUCACCAACUCUAAUGGUUUCACCAGAAAUACAAACGCAACCUCAACAUACAACCAAAGAAUUUUAUACACUUAGUAGUACACCUCAACAAUUGCAGCAUCAUUUACAGCAGCAGCACCACCAACAGCAACAGCAACACCAGCAGCAGCAGCAACAGCAUCAAGCAAUACGCAGUCCUACCUCUUUUUCCAGUUACGAUAAUGAUUCUCUUAAAGAUUUUGAAAUAUCCAAUAGUAAUUCAAACAUUUCAAACCAAAGAAUUAAUAAUUCUACACCUCAGCAACAACAGCAGCAACAGCAACAGGCGCCUCUAACACCAAAAUCAUCUUCCUCCUCAUCGUUAACAAUUAAUACCAACAACAAUAACAACACUAGCAAUAACAAUAAUAUGCAGAAUACACCGCAAAAACAAAAACAUACCAAUAAAGUGCCAUAUGAUCCAUUGGUGCACACACACAACAAACCACCAUAUAGUUUUAGUUCCUUAAUAUUCAUGGCCAUAGAAGGAUCACAAGAAAAAGCUUUGCCUGUCAAAGAAAUCUAUGCUUGGAUAGUGCAACAUUUUCCCUACUUCAAGACUGCACCCACUGGCUGGAAAAAUAGUGUACGUCACAAUCUAUCUUUGAAUAAAAGUUUUGUCAAAGUGGAGAAGGCACCGAAUAUGGGCAAAGGAUCCUUGUGGCGUGUUGAACAACAACAGAGGCAAAAUUUAAUACAAGCCCUUAAUCGUUCACCCUUCUUUCAAAAUUCAUCGGCUGAUAAAAUUAGCUUGAAGAGUCCGGGUGGUGGUUCAAUGGGCUCAUCGCAGGGCUAUGAUGUGCUAGAUGGUUCCAAAUCAUCCAAUACAUCAUCAUCACAUAUCAAUUCGCGCUUUGAUCCAAAUCUAUUUCCCAAUCUAUCGAAAGCCUUUAAAGACAUCAGUGAUGUAGUGCCCGAUGUUCCUGAUGAUGAAUAUCCGUCCGAUUAUAGUACAACCAAAUCAAAUACUAACAACAAAUACAAUUACCCCACAAAUAAUCCACAAAAUGUUCAAACCAAUGGCAAUUUCCAUGCCAACAACAACGGCAACAGUGCGAACAACACAAAUCAUCCCUCUUCCAUAAUGGGUGCUUUUAGCAACUACGAAAGCAUAGAGCUCUUGGCCAGAGAUUGCGGUGCUGACAGCAUAGACGAUGUAAAUGCCGCUACCGCUAUGUUGGCUCUAAAACACGGACCAAAAGUUUUUGCCGAAACGUUCCAAAAUGGAUCACCUGUUAUAACCUCUUCACCUAGUGAGGAUCAUACAUAUUCCGCUGGUGGCGGUGGCAGUGCUGCUGGUAGUGGUGCUUCUACGCCAUUAAUCAAUGGUAACUCCUCUUUAGUUUUAAAUGGCAAUGGUCAACCAUCAUCUCAUCAAGGCUGUGCAGAUAAUCAAAGUAAUUGUGCAUCUUCAGAUGCUGCCUACGAAAGUAGUGAAGAAUGCCACAAUAUCACACCGGAAGAAUUGGAAGAUCAACAACGUCAUCGCGAUGGCGUGGAUGCCUUACUAUCACUUUCUCUAUCCUCAGGUAUUGAUACUAGUUCUACAACCACCAAUAGUCAAAACUCCAGCCUUAGUUCCAACUCACCGAUUAAAAGACCACCUUCUACCACCGUUGAGGAAGAGCACACCAUAUCCACCUUGGAUAGAAAUAGUAAUUAUCAUCACAAUCAUCAUCAUCAUCAGCAGCAGCAACAUCAUUUAGCACAACAACCUCACAACAUGAGUAAAAUGGCCUUAUUAAGUACAGCAGCUGCAAAUCUAUCCUAUGUCACAGUAAAUGGAAAUUCCAAUCGACAUUCAAGCAACAAUUCAUCACUUCUCGAUGAAGGUUACAAUACACAAAGUUACUUUGGUUCCACCAACAACAACAACACAACCAACACUAAUACCACCACCGCAACCAAUGGUGCCACACACAAUAAUCAUCAUCAUUAUGGUGGUAUGCAUCAUGCUUUGACGCCACAAAAGAAACCAAAAACCCUAAGAAGUUUGCGUACCAAAAUUAAGCGUAAAGCGCCCUGGAUGAGAUGAACUUGGUAAUGAAAUCAAAAACGAGGUAAUUUUUUUUAGAUUUUCUAUGUACGUAUAUUUCUAAAAUACACUAACAUAAAAAUAUUAAAUGAAAAAUUAAUUCAAAUUAAAAUUAAGUUUAAGUAAAUUAAAUUUAAACAAAAAAUUAGCUGCCUUUUGAGUUGCAAAUAUUUUUAUUAAAUAAAAACAAAACUCCAUCCCUCCCUCCUACUUCCCCUAUUACCUAACACUUCCAUCCCUGUUACAAAAAUAUAUAUUAUAUAUUUAAAUAAAUAAAUCAAUAAAUAAAUAAAUUAGAAACUAUUAUAUAUUCUACAUACAUAUAUUUUAAGUAAUUUAGUAAAAACAUAAAAUUUGUUAAAAAAAAAUGUUACCACAACUUUUUUUUAGUAUUUAAGUGUUUAUUAUUAAAGAAAAAAACUAUUGUUUUAAACUAACUUUCUUUCAUUUCUCUAAAUAUAUGUAUAUUAAGAAAAAGAAAAUAUUAAAUAUUUAUACACUUAGUACAUAUUAAAAAUUAAACUAAUUAAUGAAAAAAUAAAAACUAUUUGUUUGUUAAACAUUACAUUUAAAAGUUUCAAUAUUUAAAAGUGUUAAAAACGCAUUAUUAUUGAAGUAAAUUAAAGAAAAAAAAACAAAGUUUAAUAGUAAAAUAAUAAUGAUAAGUAAAAUAAAAAAUAAAUAAAUAUAUACUAUAUAAACAAACAAAUAAACAAAUAUAUAUACACAUACAUACUAUACAUAUGUAGAGUAUAUUUAGCGCCUUAUGCAAAUCUAAAAGAAAAUAUAUUAAACUAAAUAAAUACAUACAUAGUAACAAAAUCAAAAUAAUAAAAAUAACAAAAUAAGUAAAACAUUUAUAUUAACGUGCUCAGCGUCCUUACAAAACAAACAACAAAAUACAUAUAUUAACAAAAACAACAGCAACAAAUGCAUAUAAAAUCAAUAACUUUUUUCAAACUCAGUCUUAGUUUAAUUUUUUUUUUUAUAAAAUUAUUAUCAUUGUAAUUCUUUAUGGAAAACUAAAGCUGUUGUUAAAAUAAAUCAGAACAAAAAACCUAAAAACCUUAAACACCAAAUAAACAAAAUUUAAAAGGAACUUCAAAAAAAUAUAUAUAUCUAUAAUUAUAAAGGAUUGUCCUCCAAAAAAAUUUAAAUAAUAACUAAUAAAAUAUAUAAUUUUAUUUGAAAAUAUUUUUACAAAAAUAUAUCACAAUUAAUAGGCCUAAAUGUAUGCUUUAUCUAUAAAAUUUUCUUUUAAUUAUUAAGUUUUACUUUAAAUUGUUACAAAUUGUUAUUUGCAGCAUACUUUUAGGCUCAACACCUUCUUUUUUUAAAUUCUUUAUUUUAAUACUUUUUAUUAUUAUUAAUAUUAUUAUUGUUAACAUUUUUACUGUUUUAAAUUAAAAAAAAAAAACAAAAAAAAAAACAAGAAGAAAAAUAAUCAGCAAACAAAAUGUUUAGUUAAAUUGGUUUUUGUAGUCCUCCUUUUAUUAUAUUAUUAUUAUUUUUUAAAUCGUUGAUUACAUCAAUUGACUUUUAUUAGAAAAAUUAAACUAGUUUUACUCUAUAUUUAACCUUAAAUAUAUAAAUAUUAUUAUUAUUAUUAUUAUCUACUCUUAUGUAACUUUAAAAAACAAACAACAAAAAGAAAAAUCACAAUAAAUCUUAAAGAGAUCAAUUAAA